UGCAGUGUGUGUGUGUGCGGUGUGUUCGGAUCUGCGCUUCUCAUCUUUUGAGCCACGUCUGUAUCUGGCUGAUGAAUCAGAGAGCCUCACUUUAACAAGGGCGGCGGGUUCGAGUUGGUGAAACGGAAGGGAACCGCUUUUAAGAAGUGGAUUUGGACGGGUUUUGACACCCUCCCUCGCCAGAACUACUACAAAGGGAGUAAACGGAGAGAGUUACGCUGCGUAAACCGACACCGACCAUCUCAACGCUCGAUCCUCCAGCCUUCAGAGACAGAAAGCAUGAGGGAAAACAGAAGGAACUGAGCGCCUUUCUUUGGGAAAUGUGGAAUUUGUUGGUCGCGUUUUGAUAUGGCGUUGUAAGACGAACCGCCGAGUGCGUUUUCGUACGCUUGUGGACGUGUUUACAGCCGUUGCACCGAGUCACCAAAGGAGCCACCGAGUACAUCUGGAUCCUCCGCACCGCAUCGUCCAAUCAGGAUUCACGGUUCUCAUCCAAUCAGCAUCUGCGGAGUAAAAUAAAAGAGGAUUGGAGAAAUGGGCUGUGCCAAAGUCUUUCUCGUGAUGUUUAUAAUUGGGUUUGAAAAGGGGAUUUGCCUCAACUGGAACCCCGUCCCACGCAAGACCGUUAAAUAUAAUGAUGUGCAUGACAGUAUGGCGAGGUUUCACACGGUCGGGGUUUGGAACUACACGAUGUUGACCCUGGCAGAACACGAGAGGGUUUUGUAUGUCGGAGCCAGAGAGCACAUCUUCGCCCUGGACCCCAAUGACAUCAGCAGACAGCUCAGACCGCAGAUUGAGUGGUCCGCUCCUCAAGAAAAGAAGCGAGAAUGUGAGGCGAAGGGGAAGAAUAACCAGACCGAGUGCUUCAACUACAUUCGCUUCCUGCAGAGCUACAACCACACUCACCUGUACACCUGCGGGACGUACGCUUUUCAACCCAAAUGCACAUACAUUAACGCAGAUCACUUUACUCUGGAUAGUACCGCCUUGGAGGACGGAAAGGGAAAGUGCCCCUAUGACCCUGCCAAAGGACAUACAGGCCUCAUAGUAGACAAAGAGUUAUACGCCGCCACCCUCAAUAACUUCCUGGGAACAGAGCCCGUAAUCCUGAGGAACCUCGGACAACAGCAUUACAGCAUGAAAAGCGAAUAUCUGCCUGCUUGGCUUAACGAGCCAAACUUCGUGGGAUCAGCGCUGGUCCGGGAGAGCCGCAACAGCAAAGAUGGGGAUGACGAUAAAAUCUAUUUCUUCUUUAGCGAAAGAGCAGUGGAGCUUGACUGUGACAGCGAUCUGACCGUGGCGCGAGUGGCACGUGUGUGUAAGGGCGACCUGGGGGGCACAAGGACCCUGCAAAAGAAAUGGACCACCUUCCAGAAGGCCCGGUUAAUCUGCUCUCUUCCAGAGCGGCACAUCACCUUCAAUAACCUGCGGGACGUCUUCACUCUACCCGGAGCGGACUGGAGAGGCACCAGUUUCUACGGCAUCUUCCACGCACAGUGGGGGGACGUGGACGUGUCAGCUGUGUGUCAGUAUCAGAUCGGAGAGGUGAAAACAGUGUUCGACGGUCCGUAUAAAGAAUACAGGGAAUCUUCUCAACGAUGGGGCCGAUACACUGGCACUGUGCCCAGUCCACGACCUGGAGCGUGUAUUACAAACUUUGAUCGGGAGAAUGGCUACAACAGUUCCUUACAGCUGCCCGACUCGACCCUUAACUUUGCCAAAAAGCAUCCUCUGAUGGAGCUCAGGGCGGAAGCGCGCCCCCUGCUGCUCACUAAAGGUGUUAACUUCACCCGGAUAGCUGUGGACAGAGUGAGCUCGCUGGACCAGAGAUCUUACAAUAUGCUCUUCAUAGGCACAGCGGAUGGAUGGCUCCAGCGUGUCGUGAUUUUGGGUUCAGAGGCCCAUGUGAUUGAAGAAAUCCAGCUGUUUGACAGGCAGCAACCAGUGGACAGCCUCACCAUCUCUCACAGCAAAAAGUAUUUGUACAUCGGCUCGCGCUCUGAAGUUCUUCAGCUGCCCUUGGCAAACUGUAGCCGGUAUCAUUCUCAGCCAGACUGCCUGCUGUCCAGAGACCCGUACUGUGCCUGGGACAGCGAGGGACGCGCAUGUGUCCGCAUCGACCUCCACCGCGGCUCCACAUCUACGCUCUCCCAGGACCUCAUGCUGGAGAGGUUCAAUCGAGGAAAAGCCAAGUUUGAUAAGCCCGUCUCCAUCCCCAGCCCUGAUCAUUCUAGGGUGAAAAAUGUGACGGUGGUCGUCGGAUCAGACCUGGUACUUCCCUGCCAUCUGGUUUCUAACUUGGCCCAGCCGUUUUGGGAAAUCAAUGACCGUGAGCUCGCCUUAAUAGAAGGAGAGGCCAUUGGACCUCGAUUCGACCGAGCCCUUCGUUCCCUCGUCAUCCCUCAAGCCGGCUCUCUUCAAGCAGGCCGCUACGUUUGCUACUCAGAGGAACAGGGCGCGAAAUUCCAGACGGAGAGAUACCAGGUCGCGGUGGUGGCCAGCGCUCCUGUUUUUAUGGAGGCCCGCGCUCCCGACGGCAGCAUGGGAUUAUUCUGGGUCCUGGUGAUCACUUUGGGAGCUGUUUGUUUGAUGUUGCUUAUCGCCUCUUUGUACCUUCGUAGAAGACUGAAGCUGGCACUGGGCAAAGGGGUGGAAAUGAAACCAUUGGAAAGCACCUUAGUGUACCCCAUUACAUUACCCAAAGAGCCGACCAGCCGCCCGCCGUUCAUUCCCAGCAAGAUGGCCAACGAUGAGGAUAGAUUCUGGGAGACAGGCGCAAAUUACUAUUACUCAGACGGGUCCCUUAAAAUUGUGCCCGGGCACGCCAUGUGCUCCACAAGCAACUCUGCAUCUCCGAGCACCAUUCCAGGUCAGCCUAUUCACUCGCCAAGCAGGUUGAGCCUCACCAACAUCCGCAACUCGGGCACCAACGGGUACAUCCGGCUGAAUUUGAGCACGGCCGGAGAGGAGAGAGGGAGUGGAGGAGUAGGAAUAGGCAUGGGGAGUGGACUUGGGCUGGGCAGCCGAGACAACGACUACUCCAGUCCGUUCAAAGAGGAGCUCCGGAGAACCCUCCAGCAGAGGAGCGUCCUGCCCGACGCCAACCCUGAGGAGUCUUCUGUGUAGAAUCCACAGACAACCUCACCUACCUACCUCCUGCUUGGGGAACCCUCUCCAUCUUUCUCUACUCGCAAACUAUUCAUUCUCUGUCUGAACUUUUGCCGUUCCACACUGUAGGGCCACCACGCUUUACAACAUUCCCUCGUAUUCUUCUGGUUCUCACACUUACUAACACUCAAACAAGACCGAACACGUCUAGCAAAACUUUUGUAAAUGUCUUUAUUUAAAGAGCAACGGCCUCGUGUUGAGCAUGGCUAACAGGCAAACACAGGUACAUCUCUGAGAGGAACCCGACCAGCCAAAUGUAGCUGUCAGUCCGAUCUGUGUUAGGCAGAGUUCUGGCUACAUAUCAAAAUCAUUUGGCAAGCUGGAGGACAAGGAGCUCUGCUCUCGUAUUUUGGCGCCCAAGUCGCUUGCCUCGAUCAAGGCAGGUGUUUGGAGACGAUAGCUUUUUGUGAAAAGAAACCAAGUGAGAGGAGACAUAGAGGACAAAACGCUAGAUGACAAUCAUGCUCUUCUCUCAGGAGGUGUUUCAAAGAGAAGAGAGAGAAAAAAUUGAGUGACCUGUAAAACAGAGACUGGACUGGAGCAAUGGACAAAAACGCUUUGCCUUUCUUUCUUUACAGCCCGAUGACUUUUUUAACAUUGUAUUUUUUCUGAAAAAUGUGCUUGCAGCACUAAUAUAUUGUGAGGUUUUUCUGUCUGUUUAUUGCAAGCCUUAAAAUGUUUUUUUUUUUUUACGAUAUCUGGUUUCAUCUGAAAUAUGAACGAGGACUCGUUGACGUUCUUAUCCACCUCAAAAUCCAAGACAGUAGCAUGAGGAAGAUGGGAAAGGAACGCUGUACUAAGACUUUAUUGGAUGUGACAGCAAGUGCAUUAUUAUAUAAAUUUAGCUCGAACUGCCAAAUGAAGUACAACUACAGUGUUUGCCUACUUGAACCAGGUGAAUGAAGCGACACGUUGGAAUGAAACUCCUAAAAGUCCUAAAGCCAAUUUACUCUCGAUGAGCGGGAUUUUUCAAGGACUAACAAUGAGCUGAGCUUGUUGAUAAGUCCAUCAUAAGUGACUAAUGAGAGGCUACCGCUGAUCAAACACAAGUAAGACUACACCAAAUAAACGCUUCCGUUUCAUUAUGUUACUUGGCAUGACGUUCUGUGUUUACAUAACUCAUUAAAACCGUUCGCUAACAGGCUGUAUCCCUCUUAUCUCUUUCAGCGUGGGCUUUGCAGAUUUUAAACAGACUAAAUACAAAACAGGGUGAAAACGCAGAGGACGUUUCAUUCCAUUGACCUUGAUUGUGACGACAAAUGAAGGAGAUACAUGUUAUUCGUGACCCCGCGGGUGGAGAGGCACUACGAUUGGUCAUCGCUGGUCCAUACUCUGUUGCAUGAUGUUUUGCUAAAAGCAUAAGUUUAACAAUACUUAAUGUUAAAAAAAAUUGUCAUACCUGUGCCUCUUCACCUUGGGUGAAGCCAAAGCAGACUGCACACGUUUCUAUUUUCUCCUUUCCUUUAUUCUUCUCUUUUUAUGGUUUGGAGUUUGUUGCACAGAAAUUAAGUGUUGUUUGAAGUCUUUGUUCUACUACUCUUGUUUUAAUGGAAUGCUAUUUUUUGUGGCAUGAUAGCUUUAAGGUCUUCUUAAGCAGCUUUCUCUUUUGUCAUUCGCUUUGUCUGGAAUCUGUGCCACACAGCGUAAGAGGGAAGUUUACUCUUGUUGGAAAAAGAUCUUGGGACUUAAAUGUACGCUGAGAAACAUUCUGCCAGGACUUCCCAGGGCGGGCCUCUGACUUACACGUGGAAUCUUACAGUUCUUAAUUUUACUAACCGCUUUGAUAAAACUGUCAAACGACCAAUGUAAAUUCACUGAGUGACCGGAAGUGUUACGUAUCUUUGUUUGCAUCAUGCAUGGCUUUUUUUGUACUGACCAGUAUUUCCUGCUUGAUGAAAAAUACGGUCAUCACAGAUCUUAUCAUCUCACAUGGCUUUAAACCUGACGCUUCUUUGUGGUUGCUGUUCAAAUUUAAAAUCUAUUUUCUUGCAUUUUUAAUUAUUUGUUGCUGUUUUUUCUUUAGAUAAUUAUGUUAAGUAACUUAUUUUGCUUGUACAAAAAGUUGAUAUUUAUUACCAUUGUACAUAUGCCCUUAUUUUUUAUAUAUAUGUAUAUAUCUACAGAAAAUAAAAGUAGAGAUCAGUUCACAAUGUGACUGUGCAUCUAUGUUCACAUAUUCUGAAAA